UGAGGUCAGAACUGAGGGUUAGUGCCAUCCUGUGACCGAAGCAAGCAUAGUGCCGAGAACAGCCUUGACUACUGUGCUUCUGGGGAGAAACCUUACCAGGGCCCAUGUAUGAGCACAGCUACUUUUCCUGACCAGGAUCUUUGCAACACCCAACAGGGAAAGGAAAUUCCUAAGCAAGGAACACCGCUCAGAAAGUGCUGUGCCAUGUCUCCAAAUCCCUGAGAAUCAAGUAAAAAAAACUGGGAGCAACAGAAAACACUGUAGCGCAAUGGCGGCGGCCGCGGCGGAGCAGCAACAGUUCUACCUGCUCCUGGGAAACCUGCUCAGCCCCGACAAUGUGGUCCGGAAACAGGCGGAGGAAACCUAUGAGAAUAUCCCAGGCCAGUCCAAGAUCACAUUCCUCUUACAAGCCAUCAGAAAUACAACAGCUGCUGAGGAGGCUAGACAAAUGGCCGCCGUUCUCCUGAGACGUCUUUUGUCCUCUGCAUUCGAUGAAGUCUACCCAACUCUUCCAUCCGAUGUCCAGACUGCCAUCAAGAGUGAACUGCUAAUGAUUAUUCAGAUGGAAACGCAAUCCAGCAUGAGGAAGAAAAUUUGUGACAUUGCUGCGGAACUGGCCAGGAAUCUAAUAGAUGAGGACGGCAACAACCAGUGGCCCGAAGGUUUGAAGUUCCUCUUUGACUCGGUCAGCUCACAAAACAUGGGACUCCGGGAAGCCGCCCUUCACAUAUUUUGGAACUUUCCUGGAAUUUUUGGGAACCAACAACAGCACUAUUUGGACGUCAUCAAACGGAUGUUAGUUCAGUGUAUGCAAGAUCAAGAACAUCCUUCGAUCCGGACGUUGUCUGCCAGAGCUACAGCCGCCUUCAUACUUGCCAACGAGCAUAAUGUUGCUCUCUUCAAACACUUUGCAGACUUGCUACCUGGAUUCUUACAGGCUGUCAAUGACUCAUGCUACCAGAAUGAUGAUUCGGUCCUAAAAUCUCUUGUUGAGAUUGCGGAUACUGUUCCAAAGUAUUUGCGCCCUCACUUAGAAGCAACUCUACAGCUAAGUCUAAAGUUGUGUGGAGACACUAACCUCAAUAAUAUGCAGCGCCAACUUGCCCUCGAAGUGAUUGUGACCCUGUCUGAGACUGCAGCUGCGAUGUUAAGAAAGCAUACCAAUAUUGUUGCACAGACUAUUCCUCAGAUGUUGGCGAUGAUGGUGGAUCUAGAAGAAGACGAGGACUGGGCCAAUGCUGAUGAGCUAGAAGAUGACGACUUCGAUAGCAAUGCGGUUGCUGGGGAGAGUGCCUUGGACCGGAUGGCCUGUGGACUUGGUGGAAAGCUUGUUCUGCCAAUGAUCAAGGAACACAUUAUGCAAAUGCUUCAAAACCCUGACUGGAAAUACCGGCAUGCAGGAUUAAUGGCCUUAUCUGCCAUUGGUGAAGGAUGCCACCAGCAGAUGGAAGGAAUUCUAAAUGAGAUUGUAAAUUUUGUCUUGCUUUUCCUCCAGGAUCCUCACCCAAGAGUCCGGUAUGCAGCCUGCAACGCUGUGGGUCAGAUGGCUACAGAUUUUGCACCUGGUUUUCAAAAGAAAUUCCAUGAGAAGGUGAUUGCAGCGUUGCUUCAAACCAUGGAAGACCAAGGCAACCAAAGGGUGCAGGCCCACGCAGCAGCUGCCCUCAUUAACUUCACCGAGGACUGUCCCAAGUCGCUGCUCAUUCCGUACCUGGACAACCUGGUGAAGCACCUGCAUUCCAUUAUGGUCCUCAAACUUCAGGAGCUGAUUCAGAAAGGCACGAAGUUAGUUUUGGAACAAGUUGUGACAUCCAUUGCAUCAGUUGCAGAUACUGCAGAAGAAAAAUUUGUCCCCUACUAUGACUUAUUUAUGCCGUCACUGAAGCACAUUGUUGAGAAUGCUGUCCAGAAGGAGCUGAGGCUUCUGAGGGGGAAGACUAUCGAGUGUAUCAGCCUCAUUGGUCUGGCGGUUGGGAAGGAAAAGUUCAUGCAAGAUGCAUCAGAUGUGAUGCAGCUAUUGUUGAAGACCCAGACAGACUUCAAUGAUAUGGAAGAUGACGACCCUCAGAUCUCUUACAUGAUCUCAGCAUGGGCCAGAAUGUGCAAAAUCCUUGGGAAAGAAUUCCAGCAGUACCUUCCCGUGGUUAUGGGGCCGCUGAUGAAGACCGCUUCAAUCAAGCCUGAAGUCGCCCUUCUCGACACCCAGGACAUGGAGAAUAUGAGUGACGAUGACGGUUGGGAAUUUGUGAACCUCGGAGAUCAGCAGAGUUUUGGUAUUAAAACGGCAGGACUGGAAGAAAAGUCAACUGCUUGCCAGAUGUUGGUUUGCUAUGCUAAGGAAUUAAAGGAAGGUUUUGUGGAAUACACUGAACAGGUUGUCAAACUGAUGGUCCCUCUGCUGAAAUUUUAUUUCCAUGAUGGGGUCCGAGUGGCGGCGGCAGAGUCCAUGCCUCUUCUGCUGGAGUGUGCCCGAGUUCGGGGUCCCGAGUAUCUCACACAGAUGUGGCACUUCAUGUGUGAUGCUCUCAUCAAGGCUAUUGGCACGGAGCCUGAUUCAGAUGUCCUCUCGGAAAUAAUGCACUCUUUUGCGAAGUGCAUAGAAGUGAUGGGGGAUGGGUGCCUGAACAGUGAGCACUUCGAGGAGCUGGGGGGGAUCCUGAAGGCCAAGCUCGAGGAACACUUCAAAAAUCAAGAGUUGCGGCAAGUUAAAAGACAAGAUGAAGACUAUGAUGAACAGGUUGAGGAGUCACUACAAGAUGAGGACGAUAAUGAUGUUUAUAUUCUGACUAAAGUGUCAGAUAUUUUACACUCAAUAUUCAGUAGCUACAAAGAAAAGGUGUUGCCGUGGUUUGAACAACUGCUUCCAUUAAUUGUCAACCUGAUUUGUCCACAUAGACCAUGGCCAGACAGACAAUGGGGAUUGUGCAUCUUCGAUGAUGUCAUAGAACACUGUAGUCCAGCCUCAUUUAAGUAUGCAGAAUAUUUCUUAAGGCCAAUGCUCCAGUAUGUGUGUGACAACAGCCCAGAAGUCAGGCAAGCUGCGGCAUACGGCCUUGGCGUCAUGGCACAAUAUGGUGGAGAUAACUACCGCCCUUUCUGUACAGAAGCACUACCACUGCUUGUAAGAGUUAUUCAGUCUGCAGAUUCUAAGACCAAAGAAAAUGUCAAUGCUACAGAGAACUGCAUCUCCGCAGUGGGGAAAAUCAUGAAGUUCAAGCCUGACUGUGUAAACGUUGAAGAAGUCUUACCACACUGGUUGUCUUGGCUUCCUCUACAUGAAGAUAAAGAGGAAGCUGUCCAGACCUUCAGUUAUCUGUGCGACCUGAUUGAAAGUAAUCACCCAAUUGUUCUUGGCCCAAACAAUACCAACCUACCCAAAAUAUUCAGUAUAAUUGCGGAAGGAGAAAUGCAUGAGGCCAUUAAACAUGAAGACCCCUGUGCCAAACGCCUGGCCAAUGUAGUUCGCCAAGUACAGACUUCUGGAGGAUUGUGGACUGAAUGCAUAGCACAACUCAGUCCGGAGCAGCAGGCAGCCAUACAGGAGCUCCUGAACUCUGCCUGACGGGCCUUAAUACCACCUGCCAGAAAACUAACUCCAAAUAAACGUUUACCCUUUUGUUUAGGUUUCUUUGUUUUGUUUUUGAGCAAGAGAGCAGUAGUGUUGUGUGUAGGCCAUUCUUCCGGAGCCGCGCACACAGGAAAAGCAGCCUUGUGUGCGGAGUGGACUGCCGUGGAUCUCCUCUGACCACAGAGGAGAUCCCCGUGAGCCCAUGGGAGCACUGCGGAGUAUUUUUCUAUUGCUGUGUCCCACCGUGCAAAGGCAAAGAGGAAACAGUUCCUUUCCUCACUAGACCUAAAGAAACUUACGGAAAUCCAGAUCAGUUAAUCCACAUAGACGUGUGUUAAACAGACUGGGAGACAACCUAGUGUUCAUUCUAUAAAGUGGAGUGAGAUCUGUGUGGGGUAGAAAGAAGCCUUUACCCAGCCAACCAGCCGAAAACAGCUGAUGACAAGCAAGCCUGAGGCUGUCACUGGAUGUCACUGUUGGUUCUUUCCCCCAGAGGGCUUACGCAGUGACUCGGUGUGGAGGCUGUCCCACGUCGGCCCUUGAAUGUGAAGUGUCGUUGGCAUGUCUGCAGUGGUCUCGUUCACUCCUCAAUAAACAGCAUUGAAAUACAAA